AUGGAGAGAUACACUCAGUUCAGAGACAAGGCCACUGGGAUAUCACCGUUCUUGCCGGUGCUACAGACUAAUGUCAUUGGCGUGAACAAGCGUGACGAUUUGCUCAAAACAUUGAAGUUGGAUGUUGCUUUAUCGUUUCUAAUCUUUAUCGUGAAAUUGGUGUUUGUUAUUCCAAUAUUGAUAUUGUGUUUGAUCACUCUUGGACAAGUUCAUUACUUGAAUAGAUGUCUGUUAUUUGUUAUGGGACUAUACUCUUAUGAGUUAUCAAUACAAAAUCUAAAAUCUAGAACCAAUAUAAGCAAGAACUUCUAUCCAAGUAAAAAUGAAGUGUUUUUAGUUAAUUUUACAAGUCCAUUGGAUCUUUGUGUUUUGAAACUAAUAUCAAAUGAUGAUUUUGUUAUAUUGAUUCCAAAUUCAAAAGGUGAUUUAGUUGAAAUUUCCUACUUAGAAUUCAUUCAACAAAGUUUAAAAGGUGAUGUUUUGGAUAAAAUUGAAAAAAUUGAUUAUAAUAAAAUCACCAAUAAAAUUAUUUAUAUUUUCCCAGAGGGGACAACUUCAAAUGGUAAGGCAAUAUUACCUUUCUUAUUAACCCAAGAUUCACUAAACAAUUUCAUUUCAAAUUUCAACCCAUUGAAAAUUAAAACUUUAGGUAUAAAAUUAUAUCCAUCUACAUUAACAACACCAUUAAAUUAUUCAAUUCAAUCAUAUUUAUAUAAACUAUUAACUUUAUUAUCAUUUGAAAUUAAAAUUAGAAUAAAUUCUCCAAAUGAGUUGGAUUCAAAAGAUUCAAAUUUAUUGAAAUUAAGAAAUUCAUUUACAAAUAAUGCAAAAAUUCAUUGA